AGUUGGCUCUGCAUCGGCCGGUCUCCCCAAAUUGGCAUAGCAUAAUUGAAUUUAUGAAAAUCAUUUGAACUUCGCCAGAAUCAAAACAAAAAGGGUGGGCUAAUCAAUGAAAUGAAAGGGAGUAAGAAAAUCAUUUAAAAUAAAAAUCGUCAGGACUUUUUAUACUGUUCCAGUACAAAGUGAUUACGCGCUAAAGAAACAAGGCGACGUUCGUGCGGCACUGUCACUGAUACCCUAUACCUCAUGGGUUAAAUUCCUCCCUCUGCUCCGAUUCGGAUUCGUUUGUUGCUCCAUUUGUUGGUUGGAUUUGAAUUUUCGUCUUCCAGACUCACGCCGGAUUCUGAUAUUCAAGUUCCAUCCCUUAGGCAUAGAAUGGGGAAAGGAAAAGACAAGAACAGGCGUGGACAUUCUUCUAACCCUCAAUCGGGUAGCAGCCACGGAAUAGGGAAGAGGUUUAGAAAGGAGAGUAUGCAACAGGCUUCAAGGAUUUAUCUCGAUGCACGUUCAGGUCCUACUGUUGCUCCGAAUUAUGCUUUUGUACCACCUGCAUAUCCUAAUGUCCAUGCCUUCCCAUCGGGUAUUGCUCUUGGUGUGAAUAGCAGUUGGGCUGCUGUCCAUGGAGAAGAGAUGUUUUCCAUGGAUCAACUUGCUGGGUAUAUAUUCAUGUGCAAUGGAAAAACAAAAGCAGAUUGUUAUAGGUAUAGAGUUUUUGGUCUUCCUCCAGCUAGAAUGGAUGUUUUGGAGAAAAUCAAGUCGCCGAUGAAGUUAUUUUUGUAUGAUUUUGAUUUAAAACUUCUACAUGGGAUCUAUAUAGCAGCCUCAAAUGGAAAAUUGGCUAUUGAGCCAACUGCUUUUGGAGGGAAGUUUUCUGCACAGGUGAGGUUUGAGAUUUUCAAGGAUUGCUUACCUCUGCCUGAGAGUGUUUUCAAGCACGUUAUCAAAGAUAACUACCAGGGAAGUCACAAAUUUAAACAAGAGUUGAGUGGGAAACAGGUAACCGAUCUGAUUUCAUUAUUUCGUCCAAUAAACAUGCCACUACCGGCAAAAGAUGGACAUCCAGGCUUUGAGGUACCCCACGCAUUGGCCACAAAAACGCACUCCAUGCAUCUUCCGCCACCCCCGUCUGGACUGUUUUAUCCAGCCGAAGCUCAUCAAUCAUAUCAUCCUAAAUAUCCAGCCUUACCUCCACAGGACCCAUAUAGCAGAUAUGUUGCUCUGCCAAGGGAUGUUGAAGCACUUUCAACAACCAAUGUUCCGGUGCACCCAUAUGUCACUGGGCCGUCACAGUUUUCAAAACCCUUGCCUGGGCAGCCGCCGCCUUCAAACCGGACAGCUGCUUAUUGGGCUGCAGUGGCUUCCGAGGGCCUAAAACAGGCAUAUCCUAGUGCUUAUCAAGGUAUACCAGCAGUAAGCAGUGGUCUGAGAUUGUCCGCCACUUCUGCAGGAGCCGCUCCAACUCCACCUUAUGUGCCUGAAAAUAUAGACGCGGAGCUCCUUCAGCAGCUUGGUAGUACUGCAAAUGAUAACCACCGGCACAAUCCGGCAGUUGCAUCUGCUUAUCCUAUUGUACGAGAACCAUCUGCUAAUCCUAUUGUACAAGAACCGCCUGCUUAUCCUAUUGUACGAGAACCAUCUGUUAAUCCUAUUGUACGAGAACCAUCUGCUAAUCCUAUUGUACGAGAACCAUCUGCAAAUCCUGUUGUACAAGAACCAUCUGCAAAUCCUAUUGUACGAGAACCAGCACAGUUCCAUGCACCGAUAUAUGGAACUAAUGUGCAUUUGCAACCAUCCUCAUCCUCAACUUCUGGACAGUUCCAAGCACCUAUAUAUGGAACUAAUGUGCAUUUACAACCAUCCUCAUCCUCAACUUCUGGCUAUUGGACAACUGAGGCUUCUGUGGACCCAAACCUAGUAUACUCCGUUCCUUACCAAUGGCAAUGGCAACAGUCGACGAAUACUGGUGUGGGUGCUGAGAAUGUAGCUGCAGGUUCAGCUCCACCUUAUGCUGCCGUGCAGGGAAGUGCCGAUCAGUUUGUUGCAAAUGUAGGCACCUCAAACGACUAUUGCGCCCAUAAUGUACAUCUUGCGACCACUAAUGGUCCAGUUCAAGCUCAUGACCAGGUUACAUACUACUCGUCGGCACCGGCUUACUGGACAGGUGUACCAUCCCAGGACCCAAAUCAGUUGUACUCCGGGUAUUAUCAAGGACUUCCACCUGGUAGCAGUGUUAUUGGGGGUGACCCAAAUCAUUUGUACUCUGGUGCCUAUCAAGUACUGCAACCUGGAAGCAGCAGUCUUGGAGGUGAGCAUCUAGUGGCUGCCUCUGUUGCUGGAGCAGCUGCUACUAAAGACUAGUGCGCAAAUGCUUCGAGUGGACCGAAGAUGCUAGAUUAGUAUGUAUAUUGUUUUUUCACUUUCCGCCGACUUAUUCAGUGUUUUAUUACCAAUUUUGAUGGCUUCUGAUCGAAAUCAGUUUUUUUCUAGUUACGACUUGGUAGACUCAAUUGCAUAGUGAAAGAAAGAGACUGCCAGCAGGUGAGAAACUUUGAGCCCCUUUAUUUGAGCAUUAUUUCUUAUUGGAGGGUGUGGUGUUACUGCCGGUUGGCGAACAAGGAGAGCACCCUCUCGCUGUUUCUAACUGCAGGUGGCUAAUUCCAAACGAUUGAUAAAACUGGAAUGGUUUACUUGACUUUCCAUUCUUUCCUUACGGUUUCUUGAAGGUGCACUAACUUGGUUGAAAAUUCAUGGGAUCUUCUUAGGGACUGCUGACAUCUCUGUUCAAUUUUGGAGCAUAGGUCUGUGGGAUUGGUUGACUGUAGUUCAGGAAUCUAUUGCCCGGAGAAGUAUUUCCGUAGUCAAGUUUUCUCGUUUCCGGUACUUGUGAUCUUGUGAUCUUUUGAAACAACAGAUAACUAUGUUUUCAGUGAUGCCCAUA